CGUUUGUCAGUUCAGUUGCAUUUCGAUUCGAUAUCUAGACGGUCGUGUGGCUCCUGGUGUGUGCGAUUUGAAUGUUAUUCAGUUGGAAUAUAUCAACAACAAAAAUAAGACUUUUUUUUGGUUCUAAUUAAAUAUUACGGUUAAUUGAAAUGAAAUAAAAAAUUAUUUAUUUUUGCGGUUAAGUUUAAUGUUUUGACGAGAGAAGUGUGGUGAAUUUAGUGGAGUGGACUUGUCCGUUGAAAGGAAAUAUAAAAAUUUAAAAGAAAUAUCUGAAUUGGAAAAAAGAAUUUGAAUCGAAUUCCAUUGUAUCCGACGUAGUAUCACCAUACGAAAUAUAAUCCACAUCUCUUCAGCUUUGUGCAUGUGAUUUCACCUUUAUACAUGGUUUAAGAAUAAUUCUAUACCGUCUAGCCGGUAUAGCAACCACACGAAAAAUACCGUGAAAUACGGAAAAUCGUGAAGUGAAAGUAAUUAGUGUUUUUCAAUUAGGGGUGAAAAGUUCUGUGACAUGUUCAUUAUAUUGUGUUUGAAGUGAAUGCAGAAAAAGUAAAAUAAAAUAAAAAUAAAAAAACCGAAAGAGAGAGAGAAAGAAAUUUGAAUAACAAAGUUAAAUGGAAAAUGUAACGAGUAUAUUUUAAAAAUAAACCCUAAUGUGUGUUUUGUUUGCACAAAAAUUUAUUAUAAGAAGAAAAAAAAAGUAAAAAUAUUUCAUAAUAGAAUAAGCUUGAGGAGGUGGUUAUGGUUAUGGAUGGCAAGUGAAUAGAACAAAACAAAAUGAAUUGCCUUUGUCGGCCCUCGAGGACAAUUUCAGUCCGUAUUGUGCUCUUGGAUGAAACUGACUUCUUGCACGAAAUAAAGGAUGACUUAUCCGGUCAAGUUUUGUUGGAUGUUGUAUUUGCUAAAUUGAACUUAAUCGAAACAGCUUAUUUUGGACUUCGAUAUCUGGAUGCUGAAAAUCAAACGCAUUGGUUGGACGUGUCAACACGACUAGCUAGACAAUUGAAAGGCUCCAAAGAUAUUUACGAUAUGUAUUUCGGUGUAAAGUUCUAUGCAGCUGAUCCAACCAAAUUGGUCGAAGAAAUAACAAGGUAUCAAUUAUUUCUGCAAGUUAAACAAGAUGUCCUGCAGGGACGACUGCCGGUUUCAUUUGAGCUAGCUUCUGAGAUCGGUGCUUUCAUCGUGCAAUCUGAACUCGGUGACUAUGAUCCCCGUCGACAUUCAAAUGGAUAUGUAUCCGAAUUUCGACUCGUUGCAAAUCAAUCAAAAGAGCUGGAAAAUCGAGUUAUGGAACUUCAUCAACAAUUGAAAGGAAUGUCACCGUCUGCGGCCGAAUUAAACUAUUUGGAAAAAGUUAAAUGGAAUGAUAUGUACGGCGUGGAUUUGCAUCCGGUGCUGGGUGAGGACAGCGUCGAGUACUUUCUUGGUCUAACACCCAGCGGAAUUGUUGUGCUACGCAAUAAAACCACCGUAGCUUACUAUUACUGGCCACGAAUAGCCAAAGUUUACUUUAAAGGACGUUACUUUAUGUUACGAGUAUGUGAUAAAAAUAAUGAGGUGAGUACAUACGGUUUUGAAACACCACGGAAAUCAGCCUGUCGACACCUAUGGCGAUGUUGUGUCGAACAUCACGCCUUCUUCCGAUUAGUUCGUGUUUCACCAAUGCAAUCUCAGGAGGGUCCGGCUGAAUUAUUUGCACUUGGUUCUCGUUUUCGUUACAGUGGCAGAACAGAAAAACAAGCUGUUAGAGAUGCUCUUGAACAUGGCAGGUCGCCACCGAAUUUUAAACGAACACCAUCUAGACGACAACCAAGGCGUUCAUUCGACGAGAUAGCUGAAACGAAAAUUUUAGACAUUAACAAACAUAACGCUAAAUCCGAAAUUAAAACUGUAUCGAUACCUCAACCGGCGCAAGUAUUCGAUAGUCCGUACCGGUCUACCUGUAUAGUUCCGUCAACGUUAUCGAUUCGUCAACAGUCAGCCUAUAAUAACAAUAACAAUACGAGUCGAGCGCCUGAUUCUCCGCGAAGCAUUAAGAGUGCUCCGUGGGCACGAUCACAGCAGAAAGGUUUAUUCGGUGUAACAGCUAGUCCUCGAUCGGUGCGGUCAGCUACCACACGGAAAACCAACAUUCCUCCACAUCGGUUUCGUUCCAGUUCUGUCGAAAGUCAAUCGUCAAAUGACUCCAGAUCUUGUAAAAAACAUAGGCAUAAGGGACGGCGCACAUCAGACAAUGAAAGUGAAUUGUCUAGAGGGUCGCACAAUUCGCAUCGCAAACAUCGACGGCAACGAUCGAAGCAUCGUCGAAAUGACUCCGGCUCGGAUAACGAUAGUAGUAGAACGCGUAGUUUCUCCGGUCAUCGAAAAUCGUCCGGUUCAGUGGAAGUUCUGGUUGACUCCAAUCAUCAAUGGCAUGAAGUACAACGAAGGCAAGCUGAAUUGACGGGCGGCAGUGCUGUACAACAAGCAUCGGUCAUGAAGAGUAGCCUAGCUACGAAACAUCAAAAUAAUGAUACCGAUUCGCAUAGUCACAGCAGCAGCCACCAUCGAAGUCGACGGCAUAAAAAGAACAGGUCACCAUCGGAUAGUCGCUCUCGCGUAUGGUCGAGUGAACUGGCCAAACAUUUACAAUUCGAUCUGGUUGACACGGCUGGCAUGAGUGAGAGUCAAUUGCGCGAAAUUCCGUACACAGUGGUGGAAACACAUUCGUCGAAGCGAUCGAAUGCGAAUUCCGUGAAGGUGCAUAAAAACACAGCCAUUAAGGAUCGAGUCGAUCGAAUUCGAGGAAUUUAUCUGCCCGAAACGAAUGGAAAUGAACCGACUACUAUAAACGGAUCCAUACGAUCUGCGAGCACCGUUAGCUCUAGAGAAUGUGAUAGAAAUUCAAGCUUAGUUCGCAUGAUGUCUAGUUUAAGCAUGGGCGAUUUUAUAUCACCAUCUAGUUCAUGCUUGAAUCCAUUGGAUGAAUCAGGCUUACGAGUAUCACACGAACACACUGACUCAGGAUUAGGCGCAGACCAGGACUAUGCGUAUUCAUCGGAAAGAUCAAGCGAUAGCACAAAAUAUGGAACCAAUAAGUCGUCGGGAACGUCGGUCACAUCCGGUCAUCACAAAAUCAUCCAACCAAUGGUGACUCAUGAUUCAGUGAGUAAUAGGAAGAAGCCACCCAUGCAUCCUAACCAUCAACAAAAUCUAAGAAAUUCCAUCGUCCCUGUACAUAGCUCUAACAAUCGCUUAUACAAUAACACUGUUUUCCAUAACAAUCAAUACACGUUUAGCCUGAAUCGAAAUGGUGAUGGGUGCUAUUUGGAUUCGCGACCAAUGUCAUCGGCUUCGUCGUAUGGUGAUGGUGGCCGAGUGUCACGCGGCACAAAAUCGGAUAUUGGUGUACCGUGUCGACGGCCGUCCACAAAAUCGUUUUUAAAUAGUAGCAUCGCACAUAAAUCGAAAAUACCGUCCGUUAAGUCAGACUUUUUACUGUCAUACCUUAGUAAUAAUCAAACGCAUUGUACAAAUUCCUCUGCCUAUCAUAUAUCCGGUGUGUCCGGAUCAUCCGUGUAUUCAGAAAAUUAUAAGACUGCCGAUAAGUGUUUGUACACAAGUAGUAGCGGUAAAUUAGAAUUUAGUGGUCCCCCAUGCACCAACGAUAAGCAACGAAAUCGUGUAAAUACGAGCAAUUUUGUAACCCCAUCCAAUACGAACGUAGGUCCAUUGCUUUAUUUAGAUUCCGACCAUGUGAAUAAUCGAGGCCAAAACAACACGCAAUUAUUUCAAGCGAUGCACAAUAAUCCCUGUAGAGAUGUAAUGCCGGAAUCUCAGACAAAUAAGUCUUCAAGCGCAAAGUCCACCAAUCGAUCCAACAGUUUAGAGUUAAUACUAACACCAAUAAUUCAAAGUAGUAGACGACCACAAUAGUGGGCGAAAUGAGCACUGAACUGUAGCACUACCUCCUACCCCGAUUUUAUUUUAAUUCCAUAGUUCUUUCAUAAUUUGAACUUCAAUAUUGUGAUGCAAUUAUUAAUAUAGCAAACGAAAAAUCUUUUUUUUUAUUAUUAUUUUCAUUUGACAUUUUUUUAUUAUUAUUAUUUUGAUGAUAAAAAAAACUGAAUUUAAAUGUGUACGACAUUGUUCUCUCUUAUAAAUUAUUAAUUCUAUAAAUAUAUAUAUAAAGAUGUGUACUGAGUGUGUAUACAUAUUCAUUUUCCUUUUGUUUUUUGUGUUUUUUUCCUAAGAAUUUUUGCAUUUUUUAUGUAUAUUUGAUAUAAUUGUAUAACAAAACAAAGUGAAUAUUUAUCGUUCCAGAUAAAGUUCUAUAGCAUGAAAUAAUUUAGCA